GAGCUGUGGAAAGCAGAAGUGGGAGGGCAUGAUUUUCCAGGUUUCCCCUGACACAUAAUGAAUAUUAAAUUAUAAUGCUCCACACCAGAGCAGACCACGGCCAGAGCAAGUCCGACUUCCUGACCAAAGUUUGGGGCAAUGAGGGGAAAAUGAUGGGAAGGGGAGCUUCUUAAUCCUCACUGUGUGGCCCAAAUGCGUGGCUCCCUAUAAAGAUUCUCACCACCCCUUUAGGUAGACACUUCCUUUGUGAAACAGAGGGGAAGAUAAAGGCAGACUUAUCCUGUUCUCUGGAGGUGGGUGAGGUAGAGUGGAGGGCAGGCCCUCUCCCCAAGUUCACAGGCAUUUACACACACUCCCACAGAGCCUCUUCAGCCACCAGAGGGGCCACUGCCUAGAAGCACCACUUUUCAGCCUAGAAGCCCAGACCAGGCCUGACCUGCGGUGAUCUGGGGAGGGCUCUGCCCCCUCUGUGCUUUGGUUCUCUCCUCUGUAAGUGUCACGAUGUCUGACCGGAAGGCAGUGAUCAAGAACGCAGACAUGUCUGAGGACAUGCAACAGGAUGCUGUCGACUGCGCCACGCAGGCUAUGGAGAAGUACAACAUAGAGAAGGACAUUGCUGCCUAUAUCAAGAAGGAAUUUGACAAGAAAUAUAACCCUACCUGGCAUUGUAUCGUGGGCCGAAAUUUUGGCAGCUAUGUUACACACGAGACAAAGCACUUCAUCUAUUUUUACUUGGGUCAAGUUGCAAUCCUCCUGUUCAAGUCCGGCUAGGAGGCCGCAGUGGAGGUGUCCGUGGCGGCGGCAGCGAUGGCAGGCAGGCGGCGUUGCUGGGACUGUUUUGCACCGGGGCCAGCAUCAGGAUGUCCUCUCCAAUGGCUGUGCUACUGCAUGGACUGUAUACUCGAUUUCAUGUGUAUGUCGCAGUAAACAAAACCAAACUUCUUUCUGUUUAGUUGCCUGGGGAAGAAGGCUGCUUUAUGUUUAUUUUUCAAGACUUCAGAAUCUUUUCUUUGGUUGUAUUGCACUAGGAAAUCUCUCCCACCCCUCCCUCUUCUCUUUCUCUCCCUACGUAAACUAAAAAAAAGCCCUCAACGAAGCCUGUAAGACUAGGAGGGCAGGGGGAGAGCAGUCGGUUUCUGGAGGCAGAACUCAAACUGUGCAGCCACCUCCUGGUGGUGGGUGCUGCUUUGGAAGGGCCAGGGAGGCUGCUGGGGGGCAGCAUAAGGCUUGGCAAGGAGAGAGGGAUAGGAAGGAGGCUAGGGGGAUUGAUCUCUAGUACCAGGGAGAAUAUUCCACUGAACUGUGAUUCCACGACUUGGGGCAGAGGGUGGGGUGGGGGUGGAUUCUUUUGAGGGGCCCUGAGACGUGUUUGUCUGUGGUGUGUGGGAGUGGGGAGCAGACUUGUCUUGCUGUCUUUGUCAGAAGAGUUUCUAAGUAAGGGCUGUGUCUUUGUGGAUUACCUUCUUCUAUUCUUCCUGCCAGAGCUCAUGCUAGGAGGAUGUUGGGGGUAGGAUUAGCUUGAUUUUUCUUCUAUUCAUUCUUCUCUCCUUCUGUCUGCUCCCUGCUUAGCCCUUGGUUUUCUCAUUCCUCUGGAGUUCUCUUAGAGCAGCCCCUGUUAGUUGGCUGGCAAGGGAAUUUCUGGUGACUGUAGUUCCUUAGUUAAGUCUUAGCAAUCAAACCAAAUCAGUGUCUCCCUUGAUUCUCGUGUGUGUGUGUGUGUGUGUGUGUGUGUGUGUGUGUGUGUGUGUGUGUGUGUGUCGGUUUGGGAUAGAGGGGAGGGAGGGGCAGGGCAGUGUGGAAUCUCUAGGGUGUAUGGGUAGAUAGGCUGCAUGGUUAGUUCUAAUUGGGCCUUUAUGUUAAUCUCUGGGGGGUGUCUGUUUUGGGGGUGAAGACAGUUGUCAACCCCCCCCCCCCCCACGCAUCUGGCCCAGACACUGCUUGCCCUAUGGCUGUCUGUUCCCCAGAAGGCUUUGGGAGGAUAGCCCAUGAGGAGAUGGCCAUGAUGCCAUCUGCCCUGGAACUGAUUCUUAGUGGAGAGGGAAAGUGACUUUGUGGGUGGUUGCAGUCCUUGUGGGAGGUGGGGAUGGAAGUGAUAAAGGGCUGCAAGGACCUUUGGAGGAACUUUGGAGGGGAUUAGUCUUGCAGUGGUGAAGCCAGGUAUCAGGACGUGAGCAGGGCCGCUAGUGGGAGGAGAUUCCAAGGAGAGUGCAGGGGGAAAUCUUGUCUGUUGAUCAAACAGGGAUGGGGGUGGGGGGGUCAUUGCUGACAGGGCUGCUGAUUCUUGUAAAUUGCAUCUAAAACUCUCAUUGUAGGGUUGGCACUGUGGGAGGGGGGUGGUUGGGAUCCAGCUCAUUCUUACUUCUUUUUUUUUUUUUUUCCUCUGAGUCCAUCCUUGGGGCUGGUGGGGAGGCAGGAGAAUUCCCCCUCCCCAAGCCUUUAGUGUGUGCCGAGCUUUCUUUUUGAUGCUGACAGGGGAGGGUGGGUACUGGGAUGGUGAGUGAGUUCCCCAUAUCAAACCCUUCAGUGGGCACAAGAUUGAGUGCUUGGUUUUAGGUUUCAUUUUUUUAUGAAUGUCCAAAUCUGUGUUUCCCCCUGCCUUCCCAGACUUGUGUGGCCAGUUGGAAAUGUCUGGUUUGUGUUCAUCUCUCCCUCAUUUCUGGAGCAGGGGCUGAGACCCCACCACAUCUCCUAUGCUCUGCAUCCAUGCCUCUUUUGGACAUUAAAGGUCGAUUGAUGCACUUC